CUUCCUUCGUCUCUAAUCACGCGAGUCGACGACACGACUGCGUGCGGUGAUCUUUGCGUACAUACAACUUUGGGUCGGGUGCGGGCAUCGUAUCUGCUCUACCACUUUACCACAUCCCAACCGCGCCCUGUUCCAACUCCGGCGAGACCUCGCCGGCGGCGUCCCGUGCUCUGAUCCCUAUCUCACAUCAGCACACGGAAGAGGAAGGUGCAGCUGUAGCAGCAAUGGUGCUCAUCCCUCUCGUCCGCGACUACAUCGACCGGAUGCUCCACGACAUCUCCGGCAUGAAGGUCCUCGUCCUCGACCCCGAAACCGUGGGGAUGGUCAGCGUGGUGUACAGCCAGUCGGAUCUGCUGAAGAAGGAGGUGUUCCUCGUGGAGACGGUCGACGACGCCUCCAGCUCCAAGGCGUCCAUGGCGCACCUCAAGGCCGUCUACUUCCUCCGCCCGUCCUCCGAAAACGUCCAGAAGCUACGACGCCACCUCGCUGCCCCGCGCUUCGCCGAGUGCCACCUCUUCUUCUCCAAUAUAUUGAAGAUUCCACAGAUUCAGGUGCUUGCUGAUUCUGAUGAGCAGGAGGUUGUGCAGCAAGUUCAGGAGUUCUAUGCCGACUUUUGUGCCAUUGAUCCCUUCCAUUUCACUCUGAAUAUACACAAUAACCACAUCUACAUGCUUCGAACGGUGGUGGAUCCUCCUGGUAUGCAAAGCUUCUGUGACCGAGCUGUUGAUGGCAUCGCUUCUGUCUUCCUGGCUCUGAAGCGCCGACCUGUUAUUAGAUGCCAAAGGACAUCGGAUGUUGCAAAAAGGAUUGCGCAAGAAACUGCGAGGUUGAUGUAUGAGCAGGAAAGUGGCCUGUUUGAUUUCAGACGAACCGAGAACUCUUCCUUAUUGUUAGUGAUAGACAGAAGGGAUGAUCCUGUUACCCCGUUACUUAACCAGUGGACAUAUCAGGCAAUGGUUCAUGAGCUUAUUGGAAUCGAGAACAAUAAAGUGGAUCUUAAGGAAUUCGCUAAUGUCCCUAAAGACCAGCAGGAGGUGGUUCUAUCAGCGGUACAGGAUGAUUUUUUUAGAGCUAACAUGUUUGAGAAUUUUGGGGACCUUGGUAUGAACGUCAAAAGAAUGGUAGAUGACUUUCAACAUCUUUCAAAAAGCAGCCAAAAUUUUCAGAGUAUAGGUGAUAUGGCAAAAUUUGUGGCCAACUACCCUGAAUAUCGGAAGACACAUGGAAAUGUAACAAAGCAUGUCGCUUUAGUGAGCGAGAUGAGCAGAAUGGUGGAGGAAAGGAAGCUUAUGCAAGUUUCACAGACGGAGCAAGAGCUAGCAUGUACAAGUGGACAAGCCGCAGCCUUUGAGGCUGUUACUUCCUUGCUUAACAAUCAAAAUGUAUCUGAUAUUGACCGUCUACGACUUGUAAUGCUCUACGCCUUGCGGUAUGAAAAAGAGAGUCCAGUCCAGUUGAUGCAACUUUUCAACAAAUUGGCUUCUCGUUCUGCUAAAUACAAGUCAGGGCUUGUUCAGUUUCUCCUUAAGCAGGCUGGUGUUGACAAGAGAACUGGCGACUUGUAUGGGAAUCGUGACCUAUUGAACAUUGCUCGCAACAUGGCUCGUGGACUUAAGGGUGUUGAGAAUGUAUACACCCAGCACCAGCCUCUGCUCUUCCAAACAAUGGAAGGAAUCGUGAAGGGGCGAUUACGGGAUGCUGACUAUCCACUUGUUGGCAAUCAUUUCCAGCAGGGCAGGCCUCAAGACGUGGUGAUAUUCAUUGUUGGCGGGACAACUUAUGAGGAAGCAAGAUCAGUAGCCCUUUAUAAUGCAGCAAAUCCUGGAGUUCGUUUCUUCCUUGGAGGUUCGGUGGUUCUAAAUUCAAAGAGAUUUCUUGAAGACUUGGGAGAGGCACAAAGAAUAUUGAAAUCAAGCACCCUAGUAUAAUGGAUCAUGUUGCCCUUUCCAGCUCGAGGCUUGGCAGAAUAUGACAAUUAAUAGUUUUGACUCAAUAUAUAUGCAUAGAGGAUGAAGUUUGUGGUAAAUUUUGUAAUGUAUAGCUUUAGUUGUGUAGUGUAACACUAUACAGAAAUAAGCAGAUCUAUAGGCCGGUUCAGCUUCUGUACAUUCUCACAUUUGUUGUUGAUUCUUUUCCUUCUCAGUUGACGCAAUGAAGUGCAAUCUACCGAAACCUUCUGUGUCUAUCCUGAUACGACAUUGUUGCUCGAGAUCCUAUGACAAGCAUUAGAUUUUCUGUGUUGCUGGCUUUA